AACAACAACAACAAGAAUUAAGUUCAUUGAAUGGACAUAAUAAUAAUAAUAAUAUUCAAUCACCACAAUCAUCACCUUUGAUUGUUAAACUUGAACAAGCAAAAAAUCAUCUAAUUGUUACAGCAGCCGGAAAUAGUCUAAGUAGUGAUAAUAGUGGUUUAGUGGUUAAUCAAAAUGGUACGGUUACCAUAGCCGGCAGUGGUGGCCAACAACAAGAAUCGCAACCAACCACAACAAAUAAUAAUGGUCAAUCACAAACUAUUAUUGUAACUACAACGCCAAGUCAACAACAAUCACAGCAACAGCUUCAAAACGGACAACAACGAACGACAGCAUCAGUAUUACAUGGAACGGAACUAGUUCAUAUAAAAACGGAACCAACAUCGACAACCGGAACGAUAUUACAACAAACAAAUGAUAAUAGUGUUGUGCAUAUAAAACCUGAAUCAACAACAGCAUCAACAGCAACAACAACAGUAUUACAACAUGUAAAUGAAGUUGUGCAUAUAAAAAAUGAACCAUUAGAUACAUUACCACCAUUAUCAUCACCAGGACAAAUGGUUGAUGUAAUAUCGGCAAAUAAUGUUGAUCAUAGCCGUGAAUUGGAGCCAUCACCACCGGCCACCGUAAUAUCAUUAGCACCGGCACAACCUUAUCCACCAAAUAAUAAUAAUAAUAAUAAUAACAAUGCUACACCAACACAAUUAACAUUUGCAACAUCAGCAUAUGAUCUAUCCGGUAAUGGACAGUAUGCAUUACAGGUGAAUGCCAAUACGGCUUUAGCACCUCAAUAUGCAGUCACACCAACGGCAACAGCUGCCGCACGUACAACAAAUGGUGGAACCGUUUAUCUUACCACUGAUUAUAUUACAUAUCGUGAAUAUUAUCCAACCAAUGCUAAUGGAAUUCAACCUCAACAACAACCACAGCAGAUUAUCGUUACAACGAAUCCGGCUGCAACUGCAAUGACCGCUGGUACUGCCACUAAUACAGGCGAUCAACAAUAUCAUACGGUUAGACAACAGUUAGUCACUCAACAAAUACCGCAAGUAACAAUAGCCGGAAAUAAUAAUUAUCAAACAACGGCUAAUAUGGUUGGUGAAACGGAAACAUCGUUUUUGGAUCGAUAUCUGCGACAACAACAGCAGCAACCAGUAACAACACAGGCAACAACAACAACAUCGAUGGUCAGUAAUAAUAACAAUGGUGUUGGCGUUACACAACAACAGCCCGGUACAAUUGCUAUACAAUCAUUACAACCAACAACAGCGACAACAUCAACAACAAAUGGUGUGGUGAAUGGCUAUAAAUCUAAUACAACAGCAAUACAUAGUUGUUUAACUGUUGAUUUGCCAUCCCCAGAUAGCGGAAUUGGAGAUACGACAACAGCAACGCCUAGACAAGAGACGACGACAACAACAAUUCCACAAAUAUUCGAAUAUACUGGUCUAACAGCCGCUCAGCAGACGCCAACAUUAUUACCGGUUGUUACAGCAGCUGCUGCAACUGAUUUAACAUCCGUUGCUGUGGUAGCUACACCAACCGUUUCAUCAUCAUCAUCCGCACCAUCAUCGGUUACAUCACCAACAUCGAUUGGUUCAGUGGCAAAUGUAACAACACCCACCGCUGCAGGAACGCCAGCAGCCGUAACCAAAUCAGCAAGUCGUCGAUCAUGGCAUGAAUAUGGCCGAAAUUCAGAUAUCGAUAAAAUACAGAUACCUAAAUUAUUUUCUGAUAUUGGUUUCAAAUAUUUUCUUGAAUCACCAAUAUCGACCAGUCAACGACGUGAAGAUGAUCGUGUUACCUAUAUAAACAAAGGACAAUUUUAUGGUAUUACAAUGGAAUAUAUUAAUGAUCCAGAUAAACCAUUGAAAAAUGGAACGGUUAAAUCAAUUGUUAUGUUAGUGUUUCGUGAGGAAAAAACCCAAGACGAAGAGGUGAAAGCAUGGCAAUUUUGGCAUAGUCGUCAACAUAGUGUUAAACAACGUAUAUUAGAUGCUGAUACGAAAAAUUCAUCCGGUAUUGUUGGUCCAAUCGAAGAAGUGGCACAUAAUGCCAUUGCAUUCUAUUGGAAUCCAUUGGAAGGACAAGCUAAAGUGAAUAUUGCCGUACAAUGUUUAAGUACGGAUUUUAGUAAUCAAAAAGGAGUCAAAGGUCUUCCCUUACAUCUACAAGUAGAUACAUUUGAUGAUAUUCGUGAAGGAAGUACACCGGUUCAUCGUGGCUAUUGUCAGAUUAAAGUUUUUUGUGAUAAGGGAGCUGAAAGAAAAACACGUGAUGAAGAACGACGUGCAGCUAAACGUAAAAUGAAUGCAACUGGAAAUGGACGUAAGAAAAUUGAAGAAAUGUAUCAUCCAACAUGUGAUCGUUCAGAAUUUUAUUCAAUGAGCGACCUGAUGAAACCACCGGUUCUAUUCACACCAAGUGAAGAUAUUGACAAAGUAAUAACAACUGGAGAUAUUAAUUUUUAUGGCCAUACAAGCACCGAUAUUGGAUAUGAUACUGAUUCUGGUGCCCUGCCAUCGAUCAGUACAAAUAUUCCAUUAACCACUUUACAUCCUUGUGAACGAACCGAUCAAUCAUUAGUAUGUGAUAUGCCGAUUGCCUGUCCACCUAAAAAGAUUAAAUUGGAACGUUAUCCCAGUCUUAAUGAUCGAGUUUUGCUAUAUGCUAAACAAGAAAACGAAGAGGUAUUUCAUCCACUUCAUCUAGUACCACCAACAUUGGUCGGCCUUGCAUGGGCGAUUGAAAAUAAAUAUAAAUUAGAAGCGAAAAAUAUUCGUAAUAUUUAUAAACGUUGUAAAAAAGGAAUCACUGUACAAAUGGAUGAUGAUAUGGUUAAACAUUAUUCACAUGAAGAUACUGUACUAUUGGAAGUACAUCAAAUUGAUGCCGAAACACAUGAUAUAACACUUGUCGAAUAUGAUACCUGUUGAUUGAUUGAUUGACAAUUGAAUGCUGUCCAGACACCUAUACACACAAACACAAACACACACUUUUCCAAUGACAAAAAUCGAUCAUUAGAUCUCAAAGCUCAUUAUUAUUAUGUAUCAUGGUCAUAAUAAUAAUAUUAACCAUAAAACUAAGAAAAAAAAAUUUGC